AUGUCAGGCGCGGUGAAUGCUACAAACCCUGGCAGCCUGUCGCUGUGGAAACGAUAUGGUCUUUCGGAAAAUACGGUGCGUGGAAUUACGAUUGGAGGACUAACGGGUGCGAUCGAAAUCUGCAUAACUUUCCCAACCGAGUACGUCAAGACCCAACUGCAGCUGGACGAGCGGAGCGCUCAGCCGAAAUAUAAGGGCCCGAUCGACUGCGUGAAGCAAACGGUUCGGGGUCACGGCUUCUUCGGAUUGUAUCGCGGGCUUUCGGUGUUGCUCUAUGGCUCGAUUCCGAAAAGUGGAGCUCGAUUCGGUACUUUCGAAUACCUAAAAGGAAGGGCCGCUGACGAGAACGGAAAUUUAUCCCCGGUGAAACGUCUUUUGUGCGGUUUGGGCGCUGUGACACCGAUGGAAACGAUCAAAGUCAAGCUGAUUCAUGACCAAACCCUUGAGAAACCGAAAUACCGCGGGUUUGCACAUGGAGUGUCGACGAUCGUUAGGACCGAGGGGUUGAAAGGAAUCUAUCAAGGGCUCUCUGCAACCAUCAUGAAGCAGGGCUCAAAUCAGGCGAUCCGGUUUUUCGUUAUGGAGACGUUAAAGGACUGGUAUCGCGGCGGAGACAACACGAAGCCCAUCGCCAAGCCACUUGUCGGUUUGAUGGGUGCCGUUGCGGGAGCAGCUUCGGUGUACGGUAACACUCCAGUUGACGUCGUCAAGACCAGAAUGCAAGGCCUUGACCGCCACAAGUACAAGAACACCCUUGACUGUGCGCUGCAGAUCUGGCGCAAGGAGGGCUUCUUCGCAUUCUACAAGGGCACCGUUCCACGACUUUCCCGCGUCUGCCUUGACGUCGCUAUCACCUUCAUGAUCUACGACUCGAUCAUCGAAGCCCUCAACAAAUACUGGAAGAAGGCA